AUGGACUCCGAGAAGGCAGAGAUCAUGGCGGAGAAUGAGGAGGAGGCAGGAGAAAUGCAAGCCUUCCUUUCACAAGAAGACCCGUCGACGACAAAGCUGAGAGCUGUCUCAUCCGGCAUUAGUCGUAAGUAUGUCUUCAGUGUCAGCAUCAACACAGCAGCAGCCGUCGGACUGGUAUUCGUUAACAAGCGUAUAUUCGAAGACGACGCCCUGCGACGUGCUCAAGUUACAUUUGCGAACCUGCACUUCACAAUCACGGCAGCAACACUAUACGCAGUGUCUGCACCACCCGUCAAUAUGUUCCAGCGCAAGGCGGUCAGUUUCUGGCAGAUACUGCCGCUAGCACUCUCUAUGAACUUGAGUGUCGUUCUCACAAAUGCCUCUCUGGCGUUUUCGAGCAUCCAAUUCUACCAGGUUGCUAGAGUACUGGUCACGCCUUGCACCGCGCUACUCGACCUCUGGCUGCUGAAGAAACGCAUGCCGGCGGCUGCAGCACUAACGCUUGUCCCGGUCUGCGCGGGUGUAGCGAUUACUUCAUACUUCGACACUGCCUCCAAAGCCAAGGACACCACGCGAGGUACUGGACCUCUUGGUGUCUUCUUCGCACUUAUCAGCAUCUGCGCAACAGCAACAUACACGGUGCUGAUCAAGAAGUACCACGAGCUUACCGGCUGUCAAAGUGCACAGCUGCUGCUCAAUCAGGCACCAGCCAGCGUGCUGGUCAUGCUUUAUGUGAUGCCUUUGAUAGACGAUUUGACCGUUUGGCGGAAUGUAUCGGCAUCCACGUGGGCAGUCAUAUUGAUGAGUGGCGCGUUUGCCUGCCUUUUGCAUAUCUCGCAAUUCCUCAUCAUAGACGGUGCUGGACCUGUAGCAAGCAGUGUGGUUGGGCAUGCUAAGACUUGCCUCAUCAUCGCAAUUGGCUGGAUGUGUAGCAAGAAACCGUUACGAGACGGCAGCUUGAUUGGGAUUGUGCUCGCUGUCGGCGGCAUCAUCGCCUAUACGGUUGUAACCAUGAAGAAGCGGUGA